UUCGCUCUCAUCUGGUAAGAGCCAAGGCGUCCAUCUCUUGGAUUACCCGACUUUGGAUAUGAUUAUAAGGCAUCAUGGGGGAUGGGAGCUGUUUGUCAUUAUAUGGACACUCCUGACAUUAGUGGCCGGCUCCCAAAAUGGAACUGAAACAACCAUAGACACAUCAUUGGCUUCAAACAUUUCAGAAAUCACAAUAGCGGACAAUCUUACUCUCAUAGAAAAUACAGAAGAGCUCCAGAAUCAAACUAUUCCAGUAGAUAAUAUUACAAACCCUGAAAACAUUGAAGAGCUGGUAAAAUCACAAAGAAGAGCUCCCCGAUAUGAUACUGCCGACUCCGUUCCUUGGGUUAGAUUCUACAAUCGUCCACCAGGUGUUAAAACCGAGUCUUACUUCAACUAUGACACCAGAAGUAACACAAGCGCACACACCAGCGGAGAAGGAUGGGAUUCGAUCCGAAAGGAUAAAACCAAAGAAGCCACACCCAUCAACAGACGAGAAAGCAAAACCAGGGUCCAGGAUCUGCUGCGAGUAAAACCGAAGGUUACCACCGCUCCAUCACCAAAACGACAAGACACGGCGGAAACGGACACUUCGACGAAAGUUCCAGAAACAACAACCACCCCUCCGGUACCGACUUCGACAGCUGCCGCUCCUGUGAAAAAUGAUACCUUGAGUAAAGGUUAUAUCAUUUGGUCUUCCAAUGAUGGUGGACCUUCUGGUGGAUGGACAUUUGAUGACCAAAAAGGCAAAACUGAAAAGAAACAGCCUUCAGUGGAAGAUAUAAUGCCCAAAGAUGGAACCAAAUGGAAAGUUAUCGGAGAAGGAGGUGAAGACGGUUGGCAAGUUGUAGACGACAACGGAGAAGUCGAAUGGAAGAUUGAAUACGAUGACGGGGAAUGGCGAGUGACCAGCACGGGAGAUAUUCCAUCUGAUGCCGAAUGGGUUGACCCCGAGUAUGUAUGGGGACCAGAUGGAUCUUUGUCCGAAGAAGAUGAAUAUAACUCAUGGUCAGCUGAUGACUAUGCGUACUCUCCUUGGGUUGAUCCAGUGGUUUAUGUGAGAGGGAUUGCCAAUCAUACAUGGCCAAAUAGUGACGGUGAAAAUCAGGUCGCGAAGUCCUCCGUACAAACAUACACUUCAGGCGAGAAUAAACCGAAUGCCGAAAGAGAUCUCCUGGCUCCCAAAGAACCCAUUGUGUUUGGAGCACGUCGGAAGGUUCCAGGAAAAAAUACUUCCAGCGCCCAAGAUCGCACAACAGAGGUUAAAAGUGACUCGGCGGACGAUAGCACUAGUAAAAGCACUGAAACACCACAAGCAGAUCAAGUCAUAGCAAAAGGAAAAUCUUGGCCUUCAUCUGGACCAUUAAUCAAAACUGGUCAGAAAUGGGUCCAAGGAUAUGGAGUUAAAUCAUGGGAAGUCGAUAACACCGGAAAAAAUUCUGGUUUUGGUGGUGAAACAUGGAUCACAGGGAAUAAAGAUUUCCCAAAUACACCAUGGGUGCCAAAGCAGGCUACAGGGAGCAUUCAAGUGACACCGAAACCUGAAGUUCCUGUUAUCCAACAAGUGCCUCAAGAUGUGAAGAUACCCGAUAAUCCUAUUCAUGCUUGGGGAACAGGAUAUGGAAGUAAAACCUGGAAAGGUAAUGAAUGGGACAGCAAUGUUGUAUGGAAAACCGGCUUUGGGGGAGCAUUGCCAUGGACUACAGAAAAUAACACAUCGUGGAAAUUUCCAGAAGAAAACAACGACGUUGCUAGAGAAAAGGACAAGAAAACCAUAGUUUGGUCUCAACCUUUGCCGAGUGAAGACAGCGAGACCACAACCAGUCCAAAACCCACUAACCAACCUAUCAAAUCAUUGAAUAAUAUUCGUAUAAAAUGGCCGACCAAACCACCACUUGGUGGAAAUUUUAAAUGGAAAGUGCCUCCCAGACGCGCUGAGGAUGAGAGUUGGGGUGAUGACAGCAGUGAAGGAGGAGUUAUAUGGAAGGAUCAGGUCACGGAACCCGCACCUACAGAUGCUCCUAUAGAUCUGCCUGCUAAACCGAAUGGAAGUUUGAACAAAGGAUGGCAAACUGGAGACUGGAUAACUAAUCAAAAUGUAGCUGCUCGUCCAUUAACAUUUUCAUGGAAAGGUAACGCACCACAAAAGACAAGUAAUCUUAUAAGUGUAAAUUGGAAAUCUGAUGAAAUUGUAACUGAUGCUCCACCAGCUCCGUCGCCGGCCCCUGCUGUAUGGAACCAAGGUCAAUGGCCUGUAGGAGAUCCAAAUAACUUCCCUACAUGGAUAUUUGGAGGAUGCAAAUUGACAAUCAAAUGUGGCUCGAAGGAAAGUGAUACAAGUGAAGACGAGAGCCUUCCAACUACUCCAGAAGACACUUCUGAGGAUGAUUCAUCUUCUACGGCAACAGAGGCUCCAACUACUACAGCAGCUUUUAAAGGAUGGCCUGUAAAUCAGUUCAAAGGGAAAAGCUGGAGACCACCUACAAAAAGUUGGAGACCACCUACGAAAAGCUGGAAACCACCAAGGAAGGGUCCGCGACCUUCUACACCAAAUCAGCCACCAUCAACAAUUCCAGAUACCCCACCUCCAACUCCUCCGAGGAAUUUUAAGAAACCUACCCCUCCUCAGAAAAUGAUGUGGAAGAAACCACCACCAGGUUGGAAGCAACCCCCACAAAGUUGGAAGCAACCCCCACAAAGUUGGAAACAGCCCCCACCAAGCUGGAAACAACCCCCACCAAGUUGGAAACAACCACCGCCAAGUUGGAAACAGCCACCACCAAGUUGGAAGCAACCACCAUCAAAUUGGAAACAACCACCACCAAGUUGGAAGCAACCACCAGCAACUCCUCCAACAACCACACUUUGGACUGAAACAACGACAUCAGAACCACCAAGCAUGAGCUGGAAAUCUCCACCGCCGCCACCACCGCCUUCAAUGAAAUGGAAAAAACCUGGACCUAGGCCUACGAAAAGUUGGAAACCUCCUCCCACCAAAAGCUGGAAGCCACCUCCAACUAAAAGCUGGAAACCUCCCACAUAUCCAGGUAAAAGCUGGCAACCAUCUAUCGCUACUCCAGCUCCAGAUACGUGGAACACCCCACCAAAACCUGACUGUAAAGACACUAGUGAACCUACUCAAGAAACACCAGCGCCCAACAUCGAAGAAGAAGAUGAGGAAAUUAGUCCACCUCAGAUUAUUAUAAUAACGAAAUUGCCCAAUAAUCAAAAAGGCACCCCACCACCUACUACUGACAAAUGGGAUACCAGAGACGAUCGUAAGAAUAAAAAACUUCCAGGUAAAUCUUGGAACUUCCCUUCAAGAAAAGUAAGUCAAAAACCCAACAAGAAUCAAAAAGAUCUGGUUGCAAAGAUGGUUAAUAAAUGGCCAUCAAAACCAAGAAAAAUGUCCAAACCAGCAAACAAAUUCAAGGGAUGGCCAAAGGGUAUGCCAGUGCCAAAUUUCACCUGGCCAGCAAAUAGCAUGAGAAGGUGGACGACAAAAAGACCAUCGUAUAUGAGUACUUGGAAACCCCCAAAAUACAUGAGAUCCAAAGCCUGGAAACAGAUGCUGAAGAAGUGGAUGAAAGCCCGAAUGUAAUUUUAACUAACAAAUGUGUAAAAUAAUAGAAAUCUAUGUGUAAAUUGUAUUUUAAUCAUAUGUCAAACAAUCAAAUGUGAUACUAAAUAAAC